GCUUGUCUGCUCUUUUCUCUGCCCAGGUAUGAGGAAACAUUUUGACUACCAAACAAUAAUCCUGAUCGUCAUUUGUGCUCUGAUCCUGGCAGCCUUGGUUGUAUUGAUAGGAGUUGUCCUCCGUCUUUACUUCAAAGUAGUCAAUGCACUGGAUGCAGCUAGAAUUGUAAAAGAAACAAAUGGUGCUGUGAGCUGUAUUUAUCCGUGCAAGGUCAGCCAUGAGAACAUCCUCCAGGCCAAACCCAUCCCUAUGGAGUCUUGUCGUACCCUCCAGUGCUGUGAUGCCUGCAGUGUCUAUACAGAUGUUGGUGCCCUCCCACCUUGCAUUUGUAGCGUAAGUGAAGGACUCUGACUUUGCAGUGGUGGAUGAAAAGGAAUCUUCAUGAUCAAUAUUUCAAUUCCCUAGUGGAAUAUUUUCUUAAUCCACUUUCUAUAGUGUUUCUGUUGUCGUGUACCACCUACCAUGAUAUUUAUGUACUUUCAUAAAAACAUACAAUAUUGAA